GGUGAAAUGUGUCCUUAAUGUUUAGGUUCAGGGGUCUUCUGUGGCUUCGGGCUUGGAAUUCAAUCAUCCCUGGUAGUUCUGGUCAAGUUCAAAAAUCUUCUCAUGCCAUGGAUUUAGGAUCUCUUCGGAAAAACUACAGGGGGGAUGAAGAGGCUUUUGAGGAGAAACAUCUCACCUCCCUUAAUCCCAUUCAACAAUUCUCUGCAUGGUUUGAAGAGGCCCUGAAAUGUCCAUCCAUUGGAGAAGUCAAUGCUAUGUGUUUAGCCACUUGUACCAGGGAGGGGAGACCUUCUGCUCGGAUGCUGCUUUUGAAAGGAUUUAACCAGGAAGGUUUUCUUUUCUUUACCAACCAUGAGAGCCGAAAAGGAAGGGAACUGGAUUCCAACCCAUUUGCUUCAAUGGUAUUCUAUUGGGAGCCUCUCAAUCGCCAGGUACGGAUUGAAGGCUCUGUAGAAAGGCUUCCAGAGCAGGAAUCGGAGAAAUACUUUCAUUCGCGUCCAAAAAGUAGUCAAAUUGGGGCUGUUGUGAGCCGUCAAAGUACAGUGAUUGCAGACAGAGAGUAUUUAAGGAAGAAGAAUGCAGAACUAGAGGAGAUAUAUCGAGAUGCCAAAGUACCUAAGCCAUCAUAUUGGGGAGGAUACAUCUUAAAGCCAGAAGUCAUAGAGUUCUGGCAGGGCCAGACCAACCGCUUGCAUGAUCGCAUCGUCUUCCGAUAUCUCCAGGACAGCAGCACAUCCUUGGACCCUAUGACUCACAGAGGGGAGGGCAAUUGGGUAUAUGAGAGACUCUCUCCUUAAACAGCUUGCAGGAUUUGUCUUUAAACAUACAUGGCAACAUCUCUGAUCCCAACCCUCCCCGAGACAGAGAAGAUGAAGAACCAAGAGAAUAAGAUCCUGGGUCUGCAAUAAGAAGGCCUGUAUUCAGAUUUCUGCCAACCAUAAGUAACUUUGGACUAGUCCUUAACUAUCCACCUAUUUCAUGUCACAGUUUUUGUGAGGACAAAUUGAGGGUUUCUUCAGUGCAAACUAUCCUGAGGAUGUGUAAGAAUGGCGGAAUCUUAAUGAAAAGGAUUUAAUUCUCAACAAACAUAAACACACGCACCCAAAAAAAAUACUUUCCAGAGAUGGGGAGUAGCACUGGUGGGUGAACAUAACAGAGUGGCCUAGUUUUGUAGUUUAUAUUUUGCAGUUAAAUCUAUAAAAUUCUGCACUCAGUUUUAAUAAUUAAAUAGAUUGGAUUUUGUUUUUGAAAACUUCAUUACAUUAUCUAGGAUAUUUAAAGCAUUCUGUACUAGAGAGGCAGUUUGAUCUAGUGGUUAAAGUGGUUUCUGAGCCAGAAACUAGGAGAAACUAGUUGGUGACUUGGCGCUAGUCACUUUUACUCAGUCCUAGGAAGAAAGCAAUGGAAAAAACAUUUCUGAAAAUGUUGUCAAGAAAAAUGCAUAGACUUAUCCAGGUAAUUCCUGGAAGUCAGGAUUUACUGGAAGAUAUUAAAAGAAAAAAAAAUCAUUUCUAUAGCACUUGCACAAAAUAUGUCUUUUGACUCAAUCCAGCAGUUAAGAUGCAUUGCAAGCAAUGUGGACUCUGGAGCCAUAAUUAGAACUAAUGAAAAAACAAGCUCAGAUCAUCGGUGCCAAAUGCAACAAUUGGCAUUUAUAAAAUAAACAAGACUAUAACUAGCUGUAAACAUAAGAAUAUCAGGGGUGGGAAUCACAGCUGAAAGGUCAGUCUUUUUGCUCUGAACUUUCACUGCCUGUGUUUUUAAACUUUUCAACCUGUAAAAUGAGAUGGUUGAGAUAAUCAAAUCCCUUCUCACUAGAAUUGCUGAAGAUUGAUCACAGUUUCCUACCAGUCUGAAUUAAGAAAUAUAUACACGCACAGUAAUAUAAAUUCAAAAUAGGUAUAGCAUACUUUUAAAAAGAUAAAUCUUCUCAAACCUAGAAAAAGCAGGAAUUUCCAACUUUGGCAAUAUAUGUGGCAUGUUUGUGCGUUUUGCAUCAUUAGCCUGCCACCCGUAGUCUUCAGUUUUAUUAGAGGUAGCUGUUGGCCACUGACAGUUUAUUCAGCUGACUAUGGUUUAGAAGAGAGAUGCUUUCUUAAAAAAUAGAGGCAUUGAAAAGUGAAAAUGGAUAUUCAAUUUCUAUAAUUUCUAGUUCUUCUUUGGAAACAAUAUGCAAAGAUAGAACUUGCAUCUCUGCUUGCAUUAUGGGAGAAAAAAUGUGUCCCAUCUGAUUCUAUCUGCAAAUCAUACAGAUUGUCCUCGACUUAAGACUUUAAUAAUGUUUCAAAAUUAUGACAGCCUUAGAAAAAUUGACUUAUGAUCUGUACUCGCACUUAACUGCCAUCCCACCACCCCCAAGUCAAAUAAUUGCAAUUCAGAAUCUUGGCAACCAGUUCACAUUUAAGACUAAUGUGGUCACAAUUGCAAUUUGUGCUCUCCCCCCCCCCCCCAUUUCUGAUAAAAUGCACCCAUUGGAGAAGCUGGAUUCUGUAAUGACUACUGUAAAAAUUAUUGUAAAAUUGGGUCCUACUUAACCUACAUCCACAAUGACUUACAACAAAAAUUCCUGCCCCAAGUGUAGUUGUAAGUUGAGGACUAUUUGUGUUGCAUCACUCAGAGUGCUUUCUAAGCCCAAGAGUUUUUCAUUGAUGUUGGAAAUUACAACAUGAAAGGUGAGCCUCAUUUUCUGAACAGUUGUGUUCAAUUUGCAUAGGAAAAUUAGAAUCACAAUCACUGAAUCCAGCCUGUAAUAAUAGUUAACAAGGAAAUCUGCUGCUUUUGUCUCCAGAUACUUUUGUCUCCACUAUGAUAAGCACUGUGUACGCUUUUGUUUUCAGAAAUGUGAUUCUUUCAUACUAGAACUGGAUGUGCCAAGUUCUACAUCAACAAGCAGUUAUUGUGGAUCAGAAACGGGGUUGUGUGCACUUUGUGUUAAUGUUAUUUGUAAAAAAAUAUUUAAGUGGUGUCAUUACCUUAAUAAUUGUUGUUCUGUCUGACUGACCUAUCUUUGUGCUCUUAUGUACUUAGUUGAUUCUGUGACUAUGUACAUUUGGACAAUAAAAGUUAGUGAAUGAUA